AUGUCAUUGAAAGGAGAACUUAACGAAGAAGAAGUUCAUUUCCUGAAUCGAGCCUUUGAAAUAGCUGCAGAUGCGGUCUUUAAUAAUGAAGUGCCUGUUGGCUGUGUUUUCGUUUUCGAAGGUCAAGAAGUGGCUUUUGGACGAAAUGACGUAAAUCGUACGAAGAACCCCACAUAUCACGCAGAAAUGGUUGCGCUUGAAAUGAUGAAACAAUGGUGCAUGGAUAACGGACGCAAGUUGGAGGACGUAAUGCGCCGCACAACUCUAUACGUUACACUUGAGCCGUGCAUCAUGUGUGCAUCAGCACUGUAUCAUUUGCAUUUGAAAAAGAUCUUGUAUGGUGCAUCGAAUGAACGUUUCGGUGGUUUCCUUAGUGUUGGAACAAGGGAGAAAUACGGCGCUGAGCAUUUCAUCGAAAUUAUGCCAAAUCUUAGUGUUAAUCGGGCUGUGAAGUUGUUGAAAGAAUUUUAUGAAAAACAGAAUCCGUUUUGUCCAGAAGAGAAACGAAAAAUAAAAAAACCGAAGAAAUCAGAAAAUAAUGAUGAUAGUCCUGUUGACGUUAUCGUUUUAGAUGUUUGA